UCUGCCUCGGAUGCGCGCCCCGGUGCAGUGAAACAGCUGGCGCACGGGGACAGCAGCCUGAUGAUGGGACCCUGAGACACCGGGGACACCGGACAUCAUCACAAGCCCCCCGCUGCAGGUUCUGUCUGCGAAAGUCUAUUACUGGUAAAAUUGCCGAGGAUUCUACAGCGGAAUCAGUCAGCCCUCAACAAUGAAGCACUUCAUGAGAAUGGUGGUCCAGGUGUGGUUCUACUUUUACUGUAUCUGUGUCUGGCGUUGCCUGAAGUUCAUUUUGAGGAAGCUCACGGGACGCUGUGAGCUACAGAGAAUCUGUUACAAAAACAAACAUGGAGCUGGCCGCACUCUGAAAAUAGAAACAUCACUGAAGUCUUCAAAAACUAAGCUGCUGCAGACUGCAGUGAGCGUACAUCCUGACGCCAUCGAGAAAACCAUAGAUGACAUCAUGGCUUUGAAGAACAUCAAUGUUGAUACAAACCCACAACUCGGAGUGUCCCUCCAGGCGUGUCUCCUGCAGAUUGUAGGCUAUAGAAAUCUGACCCUGGAGGUUGAAAAGCUACGUCGAGAAGCGUAUGAUUCCGACAAUCCGCAGCAUGAAGAGAUGCUUCUUAAGCUCUGGAAAAUGCUGAAACCUGGUUUUCCGCUGGAAGCGCGGAUCUCUAAGCAAUGGUGCGAAAUUGGUUUCCAAGGUGAUGACCCCAAAACAGAUUUUAGAGGAAUGGGCCUUCUAGGACUAUACAAUUUGGUGUACUUUGCAGAGAAAGACACGGCCUCCGCUCUUCAAAUCCUUUCUGACUCCCUCCAGCCUAAGUGCAGGGAUGUCAGUAAAGAGGACUGCAGCAAAAUCAGCAAAACAGAAUGGGAGAUGAAAAAAUUUGACAAAGCGAUUGGCUAUUCUUUUGCCAUUGUUGGAAUUAAUAUCACGGAUCUUGCCUACAACCUGCUUAUCAGCGGCGCGCUGAAAACCCACCUUUAUAAUGUGGCCCCUGAGGCUCCCACAUUGCAUCAUUUCCAGCAAACAUUUUGUUUUCUGAUGCAUGAGUUUCACAAAUUCUGGAUUGAAGAAGACCCUUUGGACAUCAUGGAGUUUAAUCGCGUGCGCGCCAAAUUUCAUAAGCGCAUCUUGAAGCAGCUGCAGAAUACCGACAUGGCGUUGUGCCCUCACUUCACCGCCUCGGAGAGCUUAGUCAACGUGUGAUCGUCCGCAUUUUACCAUUCUGAAUCACUGCUUCACUAUUGUGUUCAUUCACAGCUACGAUCAUGGUUCCCAUGCUGUAUGACCACAGCGAUUGUAUGCAUGCUUUUUCGUAAAGUACACGUCUAUGUUUUUAUUAUAAAACAAAUCCCGUAACAUUAGUGCUUUUUUGGGGAUUUCUCAUUCAAUGUUUGCGCAUAUUGCGGGGAAACGCAGUGUUAUAUUUUCAUCUAAGAUAAGAAUUGUCUAUUUUUUUAGAUUUUAUUUUCUCAUAGUGGAUCAUUUCAAGGUUGGAUUUUCCCAAGCUGGGUUUGGUGUUUGUAGAAUGCAGCUCUAAGCGUUUUGUGAUUGCAUCUGUCCCAACUCGGGGCAAUAACAUUGAAAUGUCUCAAUAUAUCCAGACUUCUGCUGCAGACCACAGCUCAAAAUUAGAUUUUAUCACAUUGUGCUCUAAAUCAGGAUUCAUCGCGGUUACUACAAGGUCCAGCUAACUUCUUACACCCCAAAAGGAUAUGAAGGCAUCUUGGAGCCAUUUAACAACCAAGACUAUAUUCUUAUUAAAUCAAGGACCAAGCAUCUCACCAAGCUAGCAGCUUUAACUCUUUGAGUGCCAGAGUCAGCAUAUUGUUAAAGGUAUAAUUGUCUGAAAUUAGGAAUAUUUUUCUUUUUUUUCUAAAGUAAACUCUCAAAUCUCAGUAUUAA